AUGGGUUCUGCUAGUGUAUCAAUUGUUGAUCCUGUAGUCAUUGUGGGAGCUGGCAUUGUCGGCCUCACAAUCGGACAAGCUCUGAAGAAACAGAAAAUCCCCUUUGAAAUCUACGAGCGUGAUGCAACUCCCACUGCGCGUGGACAGGGCUGGGCUAUUACCUUGCACUGGGCAUUGGAGUACAUGGUUCAGAUUCUACCACCAGAGACCCUCGCGCGGAUUGAGUCAACUCAAGUGGAUCCAGGUGUGGCACGAGAAGAUAAUGGCAAUUUCAUGUUCAUUAAUCUCGAGAAUGGAGAACCGAAAUGGAAAAUUCCGCCGAGUGUACGAUGGCGUGUCAAUCGUGAGAAAAUGCGCUUGGCUUUGCUGGAAGGAAUUGAAGAGCAUGUGCAUUGGGAUCGACAGGUCGUCGGUGUUGAUAUCUUGGAGAAUGGCGCACAGUUGGUUUUCGCGGAUCAAUCGAUAGCGAAAGGAAAACUUAUUGUCGGGGUUGAUGGGAGUCGAUCAAUCAUUCGCCAGGUGCUCCGACCGGAUGCGUAUCUCAAUACCCCAGUUGGAGUCAACUUCACCGGAGUCGCGGUAGAUCUGACACCAGAACAAGUUAAACCGCUAAGAGAUAUGGAUCCCCUUCUAUUUCAAGGAUGCCAUCCUCCCACCGGAGCUUUCUUUUGGUACUCAACGCUGGAGACACCACAAGUGAAUGGAACUGCAGAUACAUCUGCAGAACGUUAUCGAGCUCAGAUCUGCAUGUCAUGGCCUGUCCGAGGCCCGGAAGAUCAAGUCGCCUCAACAAACGAGGAGAGAUUGGCGAAUAUGAAACGACGGGCGCAAGGGUUUGUUCCGUUCCUGAAACAGGCGGUGGAUGAUAUCCCUGCUGGGACCGCAGUGACGGAGAUUAAACUAGCGGACUGGGAAUGUCUUCCUUGGGAUAAUCUUCAGGGAAGGAUUACCCUGGCUGGGGAUUCAUCACAUGCAAUGACCAUGUAUCGUGGGGAAGCGGCAAAUCAUGGCCUGCUGGAUGCAUUCCACCUGGUCGAGGCCAUCGCAAAAAUAUACUCGGGCGACGCAACACCCCAACUGGCAAUCGAUUUGUUUGAACAAGAAAUGAGAACGCGCACUAGUCGAGCUGUAUGUCUCAGUCGAACAGCUUGCUUGGAUGCACACGAUUGGAGUCGAUUGGAUGAAACGUCUGCCAUUUUAACUAAGAGAGCGAUCGAGGGAAAGUGA